AUGGGGCGAAUGGCACCACUACCGCAGGAUGAGGAGGGUUCUCCGACCAGCACGGCGCAUUUUCCAUUUGGCCUGUCACACGAUCCUUACGACACCUUCGUCAAACAGCAGCUCAUGCUUCUGGAGGACGAGCUGCGGUCCCUGGAGGUGGAGGACACCUUGGUGCAGGAGCUAUCUGAGCCGCAUUGUAUAAAUUCGCCAUCAGGGUGCCAUGCUGGGCAAUUCGAUUUGCUUUUGGCAUUUCGAGGAGCAGCUUCGAGCUUUGGAGGCUGGGCAGUGCAGAAAGGACAUGACCCUCGGAAGUUGCACAUGCUUGCAACCCUCCCUGAAUAA